AUGGAAGCAGAAGAUAUUCACGUGAAGUUAUGUUUGCAAGAAAUUGUUAAACUAGAUUUGGAAGUUCAGGCACUCAUUCAAGAUAUUCGAGAAUGUGGAAAUCAAAGUUUGUCUGAUGAUGCCUCAAACAAAGUUACCCUUCAAGAUGGCAUUUAUUUGGCAUCCUCCUUAGAAGAUCUUUCCCAUCAAGCAGAUGACCGUUUGGCUAAACUAAGAAUUAAAAUUAAAGAGCUUGAUCAGUUGAGCAAAGAAGAAGCAAGAGAAGCAAACAGACAAAUCAUUCAGAAGAAUGUGAAUGAACAUCAGCAAAGUUUGUUAAUCACUGUCAAUGCCCUGAGGAAAGCAAAGCUUAUAGCUCAAAUGACUUUUGACAGAAGGUUAAGAGAAGAAUUUUUUUCUGGAAGUAAAGAUGUAAGGCAAAGGAAAAUCAACAACAAAGAAAUACUGGCCAACACUGCUUCCAGCAUUACUGAAAAUCUAAUGAGUCUAAAUCGUAUGAUGUCUAAUCAGGUGAAACAAAGCGAUGUCACUGUUAACACUUUGGCUUCCUCUUCUAAAACAAUGACUGAAACACAUGAAGAAUUCAAGAGUAUGUCUGGACACAUUUACACUUCAAAGAAAUUGCUCACAAAGUACAAUCGUCGGGAAUUAACUGACAGACUGUUGAUCAUUUUAGCAUUAAUUUUCUUCUUUUCUACUGUUGUAUACAUUGUUAAAAAAAGGGUUUGGUCAUAA